CUCAUAAACGUCAUAGGUAACAUGGCCGCUUGCAUAACUAUCUCGUAUUUGACUUAUCUGUAGCUGUUUUGUCAUUUUUAGACACAUUUCUUGCUCCAUUCUUCGCUUGAACUUGCUCGAAUGAAAGUUCUACAGAAUGCCCAAAUAUUACGAGGAUAAAGAGGAAGAUGGUCGCGCGUGCGCUGGAAUAAGAGAGGAUUUCAAAGCCUGUCUCCUUCAGCAUGACUGUGUAGUGAAGGAAGGCAAGAAGCCUAGUGAGUGUCUAAAGGAAGGACAUUGCAAAGGCUUGCAAGUGGCUUUCUUUGAGUGCAAAAGAUCUAUGCUGGACAACCGUUCUCGAUUCAGAGGCAGAAAGGGAUACUGAUCAACGGCCAUCAUGUGUUUUGUGUAAAGACCCUAAACAUCAUGAGGUGCUAAUACAUGAAUGAAAGCUCUCUUGACUUGUAAUAUUAACGCACAGCGUUUUAAGCGAAUUUGUAUUCUACAAUACAGUUGCACUUGCCAGACUCCUGAAGGCUAUUUGGGAACAAGAUGAACUGCAUCAGUAUCAAUCACUGGAUCCACAAAAGAAAACAAUCAAAACAUUUAGUUUGAGGGUUUAUUUAUCAAAAAGUUUGAGAUGUGUCAAUCUUAAAUGAUAAUGUAGCCAGCAGCAAACAAUUUGCAGGAUUCUGAUAAAACACUUCAUUAAAGAUGCCUGAACUGUCUAUAAAGAUGUUUAUAAAAAUAUAGUAAUAAAAUGUAAUUAUAGACAUGA